AUGUGGAUCUGCAUGGUUUACAACGAGACGGAAACCAGCGUGGACUUCCGCCUGUGCCAGGACUUUGGCCUCAUCCUGUCCGUGCUGUCCCUGGUCUACCUGCUGGUGUGCUUUCCAUUGGGUCUCUGCUACAAUGUGCUGCUUGUGGUCGUCAACCUCUCCAACAAGGUAUCCAUGACUAUGCCCGACGUCUACUUCGUCAACAUGGCCAUCGCGGGCCUGGUGCUCAACGCGGUGGCACCCAUCGAGCUGCUGAGCUCCACUUUUACCCGCUGGCACGCAUGGGAAUACACAAACGAGGUCUACAUCACACUGCUUAUCCUCUUCAACAUUUCCUCGCUGGUCAUCAUGUACUCCACCACGCUGCUCAGUCUGGACUACUACAUCGAGCGCGCCCUUCCGCGCACCUACAUGUCCAGCGUAUACAAUACCAAGCACGUAUGUGGCUUCAUCUGGGGCGGCGCCGUGCUCACGAGCUUCUCCUCGUUGCUCUUCUACGUUUGCAACCAUAUCUCCACCAAGAUGGUGGAGUGUUCCAAGAUGCAGAACAAGGAGGCGGCUGACGCCAUCAUGAUGUUCAUCGGUUACGUGGUGCCUGCCGUGGCAGUACUGUAUGCCUUCGCUCUUAUCCUGCGCAUCCGGAAGGAGUCCACGCCGCUGGACCAGGACUCGGCCCGCUUGGACCCGUCCAUCCACCGCCUGCUGCUAGCCUCCGUGUGCGUGCAGUUUGUGCUUUGGAGUCCCUACUACGUGACGCUCCUUGUCCACACGGUGGCUGGGGCGCCAGCGUACGUAGGCGGCUCGCGCUAUCUGCCCACCUACUACUUCCUGCGUUGCGUGUCCAAACUGAUGGCGUUCUCCAGCAGCUUUGCCAUGCCGCUUAUGUACCGCCAAAUGAACAAGAACUUCUCCAACAAGCUACGGCGGCUCCUGGCCAGGCUACGCUGCCGGGACCAGUCCUGCCCCCAUGAACGCUCCACAGUGCAGCAAGUGGUCACGUGA